AUCAUUCGUCGCCAUAAAAACUGCGAUCCACUAUAAACAUCGCAGCGAUGAAGCAAACGAUUAUUUUGAUCUUUGUCUCCUUGAUGGCCGACGGUUUGUCUGCCUCUGACCAGCAACCAACCACCUGGACCAACCCUUACUUCUACUACCAUUACAACACUCCCCUGGACCUGCCUACCCAGAAGGUCUCGACCGAUGAAAAAGCAGGAAAUCAGCAGCAGGUAUUCACUAAUUACAACGAUCACAGUAUGCAAAACACGCUAGGAUCUCAUGUCAUACUGUUAACAACAUGUCUAAGAGAUUUGAAAACCACGAAAGCCGAUUUGGUGCACUCACAUACCGAGGUCGAAAACGUUAAGAAAGAGUUGCAUCAGUUGAAAGAGAAUUCCCAGUUGAACUCAACAUCAGCUAACCUUUUGGCAGAUGUUAUGGCCACGUUUGAAAAUAUGAAGACCACGGUUGAAAACAUUAAAAAAGAGAUGACCGGCUUAAUCACCAAAGCGGAUUUAGUACAGACAACGCAGCGUUUGGACGAAACGCACAUAUCUCGCGUCGAGAGUGUAAAGAAAGAAUUGGCCAAUGUAAUGACUACAGUUGAAAAUAUGAAAAAAGAUACAAAUAAUGAAAGUGCUGCUGCUAGCAUCGGUCGAAUGCCCAAAUCUUGUGACGAUCUGCAAAAAAUUGGCCACCGGAAAAGUGGAUUGUUCUCAGUGAUGGGAAACAAAACGGUCGACAACGUCUACUGCGAUUUUACGAAAUCAGUCAACGAUGCAGGUUUUCAAAAACUGAUUGGCUACUUCGACGUAAAAACAUCGCCCGUUUAUUUUCACGCGCAACGAACCUCAUCCUAUCACAUGAAUCUGAACGCUCCUAUUCCAUUCGAUUUGUUUAGAUUAAACUUGGGGAAUGCCAUGAACACUAACGGAAUAUUCGUUGCCCCUACAUCCGGCAAAUACCUUUUCGUUUAUUCUGGACUUAGUGAGCACAAUGCAAUUGCAAGAGUUGAAUUGCAAGUGAAGACUGAUACAAAGGAUUGGUCAAGAGUAGGACAGGCGUGGGGUGACCAAAAUGCUCAAACAUUUUCGCUGCAAACCACUUUAGAACUUGCAAAAGGCAACCAAAUUAGACUUAUGCUAUUACAAGGGGCAAUACAUGACCACGAGUCACAUUAUACAAAUUUUAUUGGCCAGCUACUCGAGGAAGACAUUAUUCAGUAAUUUUAAAGUAAUCGAAGAAAAAUGGUUUUGAAUUUAAUAAGCAUUCUCGUUUUAAUAUUAAUUUCUUGGGUGGGGGGAAACAGCUUACUUGUGUAUUAGCUUUGGACUAUGUAAUUUCUAUUAUUGGCACACUAAUGUUGAGGGGAUGUCGAUCACAUAUUGGGAAUAAUUACAAAUAAAUUGUUUUGUUUCUAUGUUACUCAUUUAUUGAAAACCAAACGGCACUUAUAUGCAAAUCUCCCAAACAAUUGUCAGUGUGAGUUGGUGCCGAAUAAUACAGUAAUAAUAAAGUUUAGCCAAAAUGA